AUGCGCAGUCUACCUGAUACGAAGCUGCUCGUAACGUUGCGUAGGUCGCUGCGAGGCGUCCCAGAGCGACAACGUCGUAUUUUGGAGGCGCUCGGUCUUCGACGAAUCAACCAGACGGUAUUGCAUGAGGACGGCCCCGUUACAUGGGGAGCGGUUCGCAAACUCAUCCAUUUGGUGGAACUCGAACGCGUCGCCGCUGCGGAGGCAGCUCAACGCCGUCGUCAGAAAAAUGGCGUUCCGCCGUCGCCUCAUCUCUAG